CUUUUAUAUUGAAAAAAACUUCAUAAUAUAUAUAUCAUUAUCUCUUAGGACAAAAGAUGCCUGUGAUUUUGAUUAAUAUGUAACAUAAUAUUUUAGUGAAAUGCUAAUUUAAAAACCUCACCCAACAAAAACAAAAAUGAAAAAAUACAAAAAGGAAUUCCGUCGCCGGGAUUCGAACCCAGAACCACUAGCUAGAACUGGAUCACUACCUACCAAAACCCGCCAGGCUAAACCGGUUGUCAAUUUUAGUACUGAGAUACAAAGAGAGCGCCACUAGUAUAAACAAACUUUUGAAAGGGACAUUUUUUUGUAUGGAGUUAUCGUUCUUCUCCUAGUGAGUAUUAUAUUCUUUGGUAGUCACUAGUUAUGACAGUUGCAAAGAGUAUAAUAAUAUAUGAGGAGUAUGAGGACAGUUGACAGUGAGAAGUUGGCGCGUUGUUGAUUUAUUGGAUUUGUUGUUGUUUUCCAUUUGUUUUCAGUAAUUUACAAGAAAUCAACCUAAAUCCAGAUUUUUAACAUGCUCUACACCUAGUAAUUAACAAGCCAUGUCGAGUCCCGAAAAGAAACGUAUGAAAUAUGGUCCUAAAAAUCAAGUACAACGUUUGUUUGUGGAUUCCACAAAUGUAAUAGAAAAGCGGACAAGGUCUGAAGAAAAAUCAGAAUUAGAGCGGCAAAAAGAGCUGCAAACCAUGAAGAGGAAAAAUUUUGUAAAUGCAUGUGAAAAGGUGUCAUGUGAAGCAUAUUUAAAUCGGCAAAAACGACUACAAAUUUUGAAUUUACCAGACUGUGCAAAAAGUGAAUGCAACCAUUUAAAACAUGGGACUGUACAAGAAAUGCCUUGUUAUGCUGCAGAGACGUUCAACAUUGAAAUAAAAAGCGGAAUGUGGUAUGAUGCAUUAGAAGUAUGCCAAGUCAGCAUUUCAUGUGAUCAAUACUUAUCGGCUGAAGUCAUGAAAGAAAUUAUUGAAAUAAUGCUGAAUGCACAUGAUGAUAGUUAUGUUAACUACACAGUGGAGGAGCUUAUAGACAAAUGCCAACAAGUCCUUGCUGUGAACUUCAGCACUCACCCUCCAUGUCCCAUAGCACUAAGAAAGUGCUACGAAAACUUUCUUACAACACCUAUGGAUUUGAAAGGCAACACAUUUACAAACCGGAAGGAAUGUGGGUAUAACGAAGGAAUAAUUAAAUAUUCUAUGAACCGGCUAGAAAAUGAUAUAAACGCUGAAAGCAAUGAACCCAUAGUUAAUCUCUAUGAGAAUACACCUUGCGAAAUGAAGGAAGGUGUUCAAGGCUUACAUUGGCAAAAGAAAAAUUUCGAAAUAUUUGAAGGACUUGAAAGACCGGAAAGAAUAAAAAGGCUGCUGGCUGUCCUUGAGAGCACUAUUGAACUAAUACAGUACGACUUCGCCAUAUGGCUUACAAGGCACACCAGGAAUAUGGGCAGACAUAUAAUGAAUUUGAAGGGAAGACCAUUGCUCGCUGCACUUCUGUGGCCAACUAAUCCCCUAAACACUGGGGGUUUCACCAAAAAUUGUCGUCAGAUAGUAGACUUGUUUAUAUACGUCAUUCACCUGCAGUAUCCGGAGGAACACAUUCAGGUGAUGACUACCUGGCUGAACACAAUGAUUCAAAUUAUCUAUAUAUGUGAAACUAACUCCAAUAGCGACUACCCCAAUUUAGGAAAAUACUGCAAUUCAUUUGCAACAAAAUUUUAUGAAAGCAUGACAAGUAACGAAAAAGGUCUGUCUAAUGAUUCAGUAAUACAUAUAUUGGAAAGAAUUCAGCCCUCAUUCAUGAGAUACUUGAUAGGAAUGCAUGUUACCAAAUCUUUUUUAAAAGUCAAAGAAAAAGAGGGCAAUGUGAUUAGAGUUUUAAUUGACUACAUUGAAAAGGGCCAAAAGGAAGGAUAUCCUCAAUGCAGUGAAAUACAAGUAUUGAAAUCACAAUCUUCCACAACAGAUAAAACAUAUGACAUGUUACACUCUUUGAUGGAACAAUGCAGACUGGAUGAAGUUAGUCCUUUUAACUCGGAUAACAAUAACAAUAAUGACUUUCCAAAAAUGUCACCAUUGAAGUCCGAUAAAGUUGUCAGUGAAUAUCAUGUAGUACAUGUACUAUAUGUAACACUUGAAGCUCUUUUACAUGCCUAUAGUGUCAAAACCGUACAAGAGACGUUAGAUGAUCUCAAUAACAAAUUACUGCAAGACUCUUCACAACCUUUCAAUAUUGUUAUGCCCAAACCUGGCAUAUAUUCUGUUUCUGUAGAUUACAUAAAGAAAUACAGGACAAUUUAUGCAUCCCUGCAAGAACUUAUAAAGAUGAAGGAAAGAAUGAUGAAAGAUGAAAGGCGGCCAGAAGUUCUAGACCUGUUUAAUAAUAUACUGCAAUAGCAUUCUCAAUACCUAUUUUUACUUUUUGAUUCCAUGUUUUAAACCCAGAUGUACCUGCUGAUUAAACUAUUUUUAAAUAAGUUAUAAAAAGUUACCAUGAGCCUUCAAAAAUAAAUGAUACUUCUGUCUU